UCUGUGAUCUUGCAUUUCAGAUGGCUGAAGGGGAUAAAAAGAAGGUUUCCCGCAAGCGGCACUGCAGCCGCAACCCUGUCUUGGCCAGGGGUAUCGGCCGCUUCUCCCGAUCUGCUAUGUUUGGCCGGCGGGCCAUGUAUAAGAGGAAUACCAAGGCAACUGAAACUACGGUUGAGAAGAAGCAAAAGGUGAAGACCCCUACCACAGUUGUCAAGACUGUCGGCGGAGACAAGAAUGGAGGCACUCGUGUCGUCAAACUGCGCAGAACGCCCCGUUACUACCCCACUGAGGAUGUUGCUCGCAAGUUGCGGAGUCAUGGGAUCAAGCCCUUCAGCCAGCACAGGAGGAAGCUGCGCUCCUCCAUCACCCCUGGAACUGUGCUCAUCAUGCUCACUGGGCGACACCGUGGCAAGCGGGUGGUCUUCCUCAAGCAGCUGGCCAGUGGUCUCCUCCUCGUCACCGGUCCCCUGGCAGUCAACAGAGUUCCCCUGCGCAGAGCUCAUCAGAAGUUCUGCAUCGCCACAUCCACCAAGGUGGACAUUUCCAGUGUCAAGAUCCCCAAGACCCUGACCGAUGCUUAUUUCAAGAAGAAGAAGCUCAGGAAGCCCAAACACCAGGAGGGAGAGAUCUUUGACACAGAGAAAGAGAAGUACCAGCUGACAGAGCAGCGUAAGGAAGACCAGAAAGCAGUGGAUUUACAGCUGUUGCCCCUCAUUAAGAAGGUUCCUCAGCUGAAGGGAUACCUGCGCUCCCAGUUCUUCUUGUCCAAUGGAGUGUACCCUCACAAACUGGUUUUCUAAAGAAAUAUUAAUAAACAGUGGUUCCAACCCGUUAACCCAA